CGGUCCGCAGCCUCGGUCCGCUUGCGGUGGGCGCUCCUUGCGCCGUUAGGAGCGGCCUUGCCGUUGCGGGGCCUGCGCGGGUAGACCAGCUCUCUGCCUUCCUGGAGCCGCGCUGCCCUAAGGGAGCCCGGGGCAAGGGAGUCGCUCCGUGACCGUCUCCUUUCUCUGCAGCCAUGGGCGCGGAAAAGAAGCUUCUGCAAAUCAACGAAGCGUUUCAGCUGGCCCAGAAGCCGUAUCAGAACCGUGAGAAACUUGUUGUGGCAUUGAAGAGCACCUACGAUCAGUCGAAAGACAAGGAAGAUUUUAAUGAAAAAUUCAUUCAUUUCCUUAAGUAUGCUAUGAUAAUCUACAGACGGGAACCAGCAGUGGAACAAGUGAUCGAUUUUGUGGCUAAAUUUGUUACUUCAUUUUAUCAAAUGGAGGAAGGGGAUGGUAGUGAGGAGGCAGAAGAAGAUAAUUUACUUAUGAAUUAUGUGUUUGACUUUCUGCUUGAGUCUCACAGUGCAAACAGCCAUGCGGUUAGGUUUCGAACGUGUCAACUUGUUAAUAAGAUUUUGGGCACUAUGCCAGAAAAUGCCCAGAUUGAUGAUGACUUAUUUGAUAAAAUUAACAAAGCUAUGCUGAUUAGACUUAAAGAUAAAUUUUCAAGUGUUAGAAUUCAAGCUGCCUUGGCCCUGUCGAGACUUCAAGAUCCUAAGGAUGAAAACUGCCCUGUUGUUAAUAUCUACAACACAUUGCUUGAAAAUGAUUCAAAUUCAGAAGUGAGGCGUGCAGUGCUGUCAUGUAUUGCUCCAUCAGCAAGGACUUUGCCAAAAAUUGUAGGCCGCACUAUGGAUGUAAAGGAAUCUGUCAGGAAGCUGGCAUACGAGGUUUUGGCAGAAAAAGUUCACAUGAGAGCUCUGUCAAUAGCACAGAGAGUAAAAUUGUUGCAACAAGGACUUAAUGACAGAUCUGAUGCUGUUAAGGAGGUAAUGAAGAAGAAGCUGCUUCAAGCCUGGUUACGAUUUACUGAUGGGGAUGUUUUAGAAUUGCUUCAUCGACUGGAUGUGGAAAACUGCGCAGAAGUGGCCAUCUCAGCACUAAAGGCUAUUUUUUCAUUAUCUCCACUUCAUGACUUUGUUCAGAACUUUAAAAACCUUGACAGCAGAAAACUGAUUCCACUGGAAGACUUAACACCUGAGAAUGUGUUAUAUUGGAGAUGUCUUUGUGAAUAUCUAAAAUCAAAAGGUGAAGAAUGUGAAGAUUUACUAGAACAGAUGUUGCCAGAAACAGCUGUAUAUGCAGAUUAUUUAUUAAGUUACCUUCAAAAUAUGCCAGUUCUUAGUGAAGAACAAAGAGAAGACUUUACUUCUUUUGAAAACCUGAUGACAAAAGAAUUUAUAGGCCAGCAACUGAUUCUUAUCAUAGGCUGCAUGGAUAUCAUGGAGGAGGGAGGAAGAAAUCAUCUGUUGGCAACUUUACAAAAAAUUCUCAUUCUACCUGCAACUUCAACAGCUCUUAUAUCCCUGCUUGUGGAAAGGUUACUCAUUAUUGUUGAGGAUGAUGACAGAAGGAUUCAAGUUAUCGCAGAAAUAGUAUCAGAAGUUCAUGAACCAAUUAUUACAGUCAGCCAGCCUGUUGAUGCUGCUGAAAUAAGAAAGCGGGAGCUUAAGUUGGCUGAAGUAAAAGUGAAACUUUUUGAAGCAAAAGCAGCUUUGGAAGAAUGCAUUAGUCUGCAAGAUUUUAAUAGAGCAUCAGUAUUAAAAGAGAAAAUAACUGAGUUGGAACACAUUAAAAAUGAUCUGAUAAAAGAAGCAGAUCAACCUGAAAUUAAAGAAAUGCAUGUGAAGAAGAAUGAUCCUGAAACACUGUUGAAGUGUCUGAUGAUGUGUUAUGAGCUUCUGAAGAUCAUGUCCCUUUCUAAAGGAAUUGAUCCAACCAUUAAUGAAAUCAUUGAAUCUCUGAUACUUCCUGGCAUAACUAAUGUCCAUCCAGCUGUGAGAAAUAUGGCAGUUCUGUGUUUGGGUUGCUGUACCCUUCAGAACAAAGAAUUUGCCCAACAACAGCUUGCAUUGCUGUUACAGGUUUUACAAGUAGACAAUAUAAAGGUAAAGCUCAGUGCUUUAAAGGUGCUCUUUGAUCAACUAAUGCUGUUUGGGAUUGAGCCAUUUAAAGCUAGAAGAGGCAAUGACUCUCAAAAUGAAGAUGCAAACAUUAGAACUGAAAAUUGUGAGGGAGAAGGUGAAACAACAGAGGAGGAGGAGAAGGCUGCUACAGUUCAGAGCCUCCUGCAACUUCUUUCUGGUUUCUUAGACAGUGAGUUUUCAGAACUUAGGACAGAAGCUGCAGAAGGCAUAGCCAAACUGAUGUUCUCUGGGAGGCUGGUUAGUGCCAAGCUUCUUUCUCGUCUUAUUUUGUUGUGGUAUAAUCCUGUGACUGAAGAGGAUACUCAGCUUAGACACUGUCUAGGAGUGUUCUUCCCUUUAUUUGCAUAUGCAAAUAGGUUUAACCAGGAAUGCUUUGAAGAAGCUUAUCUUCCAACUCUGCAAACACUGUUAAAUGCGCCUGCAACUUCACCCUUGGCUGAAAUAGAUAUCAGUAAUGUAUCUGAACUGUUCGUGGACCUGACCAGACCAAGCGGACUGAUGGCUCAGUCUAAAAAGUCUCAGGACUAUCAGGAUUUAACGGUGCAUGAUAGUUUAGCAAUGAAAAUUUGCAAUGAAAUCUUGAUGGACCCAACUGCGCCAGAUGUUCGUCUUCAUGCAAAAGCUUUAUGUUCACUAGAACUCAGUAGUUCUUUCACAGAGAAUUUUCUGGUUCUGCUCAAUGAGAUUCUAGAGAAAGUGAAAGAUAAAUGGUGUCAAAAAGCUAUUCAGAAGAUCAAGGUGAACUUGACCAAAGAUCCUAAUGUGAGCAAAGACCACUGUGAAAGGACUGAAGAGAUGGGCCUCUCUGAAAGGGCACAGGAAACUGACAUCACAUUACCUGAAAAUACUAUUCAAAGUGAAGAAGUUAAUGAAGACAAUAGUAAAUCAACUGCAAAACUGAGAUCUACCAGAAGCAGAGCUGGGAAAGGACAACGGAAAGCAGCAGCAGAAGUGAGGUCUGUGAGCAGAAGAAAAACUGGCACAACUGUAAAAUGCGGUAGUGAAAGUGGUGAUGAAAUUCCACAAGCGGUCCCAAUAUCAAGUUCAAGGCCUUCAAGACGAGCAAAAACAUUGGCACUUGAAAAAACAAGAAUGAAUCUUUCAGCAUUUCUGAGUAAGGAAGCAGAUGAAUGAAUACACAAGGAGAGAAAGUGUGAUCUUUGCUAAUGCUGGUAGUUCAAAUCAAAUCUUAUCUUCCAAGUCUGAUGUUUUGUUAGUCAUAGUUAACUUCUUACGUUAUGAUCAUUUAUAAUUCUAGAUUUUUCUAAAACUUUUUUUUAGAUAGAUGCUUUUGAUAUCUUUCCCAAUAUGAAGUCCAUCAUUUGUGUAAUAGAAACAUUAAAAUUUUACCUGAGAAAAACUUGGAUUUAUUUUUUUUUAACUUUAUUGAGAAGAAUGCUUUUUAUCUGCAAAUAAAAAUGGCUGUUUGUGGGAAGUACUUACUAGUUAAAGCUGCUUUGAUAUUUUAUGUUAUUCAGAGACUGUCUCGCCUGGAGUGGUUGCUUGUGAUGGCAGCAAUUUUGAAUGCACCUACUUUCUUCAUUUAUUAGUCUGUGCAUCUGCUGGCCACAUUUUGUUGUUCAUGUUAGGUAAAAUAGGAUUAAUCUCAAUUAUGAGUUCUGCUUCCUGCAGAUGCGUCCACUUUAUUUAAACUAAUGUCAAAAUGGUAAAACUGAGUUACUGAUUUUACAAACCUAAGCCUGGAAGUCUGCUACUGAUCUUGACUUUGCAAAAAAAAAAAAAAAAAAAAAAUCAUUAAUGUACUUUGUACUUUUAGAAAAGCAUAAAAAUAUUUGCGGUACAAAAUAAGAUCCAAUAAGGAAAGGAAUGCUUAAGAACAGGAGGGCCAAAAACCCGAAAUACUUUAUAGAGACAGUACACAGACCUUAUGAAGUGGCAUACAACUGCGAUUUCUUUCUAGCUUUGAAGUUCACAAGCCUUUUUUGAAUAUUAUCUAGGAAUAGUCACGCGUUUUACAGAGACGAUAGAAGAUUAAACUGCACGUAGUAGUAGUCACUGGUGGCUGACAGAUUAACUCUGGAAAUGCUAGUUUUUUGGUUUGGAAACUGUCAAUCAUGCCUGUCUGUUACAAUAUAGGUAAUUUCCAAGGUAGUCAGAGAAAACUCAAGUGAUUGCUUGACAUGCAUCUCAAGUACUGAUGCCAAAUGUAGCUUUUUAAGGAACUUGCACUAAAAAUAGGUAAACAUACUGUAAAUGAUGCUUGGUAAUGCUCAGAAGUGGCUUAUGCAACAAGCGAAAAGUAGUGUUCUCAAAGUGUAAAGCCCGAACUAUUAUGCUAUUUUCAAGCUUGCAUAUGGAAAACAGACAGGAUUGUGUUGCUUUUCUUUCCUUUCAGUUUUUGUUGGAAAUGUGUCAGACUACAAAAUGCCAUGACACGCUUUGCUGCUGAUAUUUGCUAUUCAGAAGCUUAUGUAACUGUAAAUUAUUUUUAUUUGUAAUUCUAAGCAGAAUUUGGGAGUCCAGAGCUCCCUCUCUUGAUAAUUGUUUUCUUCAAAUCCCCAACUCGUGUUCUAGUGCGAGUUUGCAUACAUGCAGCCACUUGAGGUUAGAGAUGGUGCCUGUUCCCUUGAAUGCCACCUGAACAUAGUUCAAAAAGGUGAAGCAUGUAUUUCAGUCUUCCUCAGCUGACUGUCAAUUAAAGCUUCACUUGUGCUUUA